AUGGUCAAGUCCAAACUUCGACCCUACUCUCCCGAUGUCGUCCAGGCUAGCACCACUAUCAAGAAGGCUACUGUCCCGACGGAUAGAGCUCGGUUUAUGCAGACCGUUCAGGUCGCGGCCGACACUACAAAGCUCACUUCGGAGCCAAAAGACUCCAACCAACCAUUCACGGUCACUCUUGACGAGAAUUCGUUCCGCUCGUACCGCACAGAGACGCCCGGGCUCGAUGUGAGCGUGACGAAAGAAAAUCUGCUCGAGUGGUUUGAGCAAAUGUCGCUCAUGCGUAAAAUGGAGCAAGCUGCUGGUGCUCUUUACCAAGCAAAGCUCAUCCGAGGCUUUUGCCAUUUGGCCAUUGGCCAGGAAGCAGUGUCCGUUGGCUUCCACUCUGCGAUGGACAAGGACGAUAAACUCAUCACUUCCUACCGAUGCCAUCCGUUUGCGGUCCUCCGAGGCGGAACAGUCACUGGUGUGCUCGCUGAACUGCUCGGUCGUCAGGCUGGUAUGUCGAACGGCAAAGGUGGCUCUAUGCACAUCUUCACCCCAACAUUCUUUGGCGGCAACGGUAUUGUUGGUGCUCAAGUCCCGUUGGGCGCUGGUAUCGCAUUUGCCGACAAAUAUAUGAAAAAGAACACUGUCACAUUUGCCCUCUAUGGUGACGGUGCUUCUAACCAAGGCCAAGUCUUCGAAUCGUUCAACAUGGCUAAGCUGUGGAAUCUUCCUUGCAUCUUUGUCUGCGAGAACAACAAGUACGGAAUGGGUACUUCUGCCGAGCGCAGUUCUUCCAACACGGAGUACUUCACUCGUGGUGAUCUGAUUCCUGGUAUUCAGGCAAACGGCAUGGACAUCAUCGCCGUCCACCAAGCCGUCAAGCAUGCUCGUGAAUGGGCAUUGGCCGACAAGGGUCCUCUCCUUCUAGAGUUUGUCACCUACCGCUACGGUGGCCACUCGAUGUCCGACCCCGGAACCACAUACCGUACCCGUGAGGAGGUCCAGCGCAUGCGCAGCACGCAAGAUCCCAUCAAGGGUCUUCAAAAGCACAUCGAGGAAUGGGGACUUGCCUCUGAAGAGGAACUCAAGGAAAUCGACAAAAAGGCAAAGGCCGAGGUGGACGCUGCCGUCGAGGAGGCGAAGAAGAGCGCAGAGCCCGAACUGAGGGACUUGUGGACCGACAUUUACUAUGCUGGUACCGAGCCUCCGUUCAUGCGUGGACGAGAGAGGGAAGAGAUUCACCACUACUAG